AUGGUGGAAACUCAAGUACCUCCCGAGGGAUCCGCUGAGGAUGCGACUGCCCCUGCUUCCUCUGAGCAGGUCCCGCCUCCAACUUACGCCCCUAGUCAACCUCAAAUCCUGGUCGCUCCUUUACCGGACGCAGCGAGCUUUUUCUGGGGCAGGACAGUCCAAGGUGAAGUGUUCGUCAAGGGUUUAGGCGAGGACCGUAGCUCCAAUACCGUCAAACAACUGUCCGUCAAAUUGACGCUCAGCGAUUCAUUCCCUGAUCAACCGACUGUGAUCAUUCAGACUUGCCCUGUUCAGGUGCUUUACCCACCGCAAAGCUCGAUGGCUGAAUCGACGUCGACACCUGCUGCUACUUCCAUCCCGUUCUCGACUAUCAACCGUUUCUCUAUCCCUUUACUCACAACCUCUCCUUUACCUGGAACCCUCAAUUUGGCAUCCACGAACCGCGGUCAAGUCAAGUACGAGCUACUUGUCACUCUGACAUUAGCUACUGGGAACGAAGUCCAAGAAGUGAUCGCAGUGGAGGGGACACCGCCAGAUCUGGGACCGGUCACUGCCUUUGAUCACGAAGCCUCAGGAUCAUUGCCCGAUAGUCCGGACGAGCGCCCAAGAGAAGUCGAACAAACACUCGAGAAGGGAAAUGUAAGAGUCAGGAUGCUCCUUGAUACGGCUAGACCGAGAUUGGGUAACCUUCUCCGGCUAGGCGUAGAGAUCAAUCCCCUAAAGGACGAAAAGGCGUCAAUGAAUACGGGAGCUGGGCCUUCGACACGGCCAACCGCAGCUCAGACCUUGCGACCCCUGCGUCGAGUGCGAAUGGAGCUGUUCAGAAGUGUCAAACUUCCCUCCUCAUCCUCCGAAGCUGGCUCGUCGUCGACACAACCUGCUUCGUCUUCAUCGACAUCACCUCGACAUUUAUCCCUCAUCUAUGCGUCCGGUAAAUCUGUUCGAUACCCUGGGAGUAGCUCUUCACAUCCCCCUUUACGACUCUUGUUCACCGUCCCGACUUAUCACGUCGCCAUUGCGGCUGAUCAGACAUGGGGCGAAAUCACGCAGUCUACUCCCUAUCAUACAGUCACCUUUUUUCUCCGUGUCUGCAUAGGCUUCGGAGCGAUCGGCGAAAGCUCCUCGUCGAAUGAUGGCGGAGAUUGGGUCCUGGAGAGAGAUAUCGAGAUACGUCGUCGGAUAUGGAGGGAGCCCUCCGCUGUGGUCAUUGAAAGAGGAGAAAUGCCCUCGCUGGGUGAGGAUGCCGGCUCGACUGCGCUGGAUCAGUCCAUGUCGGACGAACAGCUGGCUCGAGAGGCGUAUCGGCUCAAGGGCCUUGACAUGGUCGGAUCAUCAGGUACAUAUAGGCUUGAGACGAGCGGAGGUCAAGGUCAUGAUCUUCCACCUCCGUUCGAAGGCUCUGGGCAGUCGUCAUUGACCCCCAGAGAUUCUAUGGAUGCCUCGGGUAGCAGUUCAAGGCAGGAGGAAGUUCCGGAUACAGAUAGAGCAGGUUUACCGUCCUUCUUGGAGAGCGAAGCUCAGAUGAGAGCUGGAGAAGCGCCUUUCCCUGCUCAGACUGUACCUAGUCGUCGGCUUGUCCCGGUCAACUUUGAUGAUGCGGAGAUGAUCGAUCGCACCAACACCGUCGGUCGACGAGGCAGUCUGGGUGGAGAGCUGGGUACAUGGGUCGAGUAUGAUGGGUAUGAGACGUUCUCCGUUGCUCCCCCUUCAGUGUCAGCGAGCUUUGGCGUUGGUGGCAGUAUGGACCCGCCGCAAGAUGGGGACGAAGAUGUCAAUGUCAUUGGAGGUAUGAUUGGGAGAUUAGGUCUGGAUGCAGCUAGACAUGGGGAUGAUCAGACUGGUCGAGACUUAAUCGAGUCCUUGGGACUGGGAGAGGGCACACGAGUCGUUGAUCUACAAGACGAUCUCCCGCCAGGCAUCGAUGAGCCGUCUCUCCCUGCGCUCCCAGACUUCUCUGGUGGCCGGCAUGCCCGGACACAAGGCUUCACAUCUUCUCAACGUUCUCCCGUAUCUACACAUCAUCCCGAUCAUCAGCAGCGCCGUGGACUUCAGACCGCUUCUCCAGGCGACCAUCCGCCAAGUUUUGACGCGAGCGAAGCCGCUGUAGAGAGACAACGUAGAGUAUCUCAAUCAGUCGUCAUUCCUACGGUGACUGGACCUACCACCGUCGCUGUACCUGCUACGGGGGCGCAUCCCACGCCUGGGGACGGUGAUGCACCUCCUGGAUAUUUUGGGAGUACGCCUCACGCCGGCGGACCCCCUGCGUACAGCUAG